AUGGAGGCCGAGCAGAUUCUCCCCGUGCUCUCGAUUACGGCCAUCAUCUCCACAAUUUCGCUGUUCUUCACCGGAUUCCCGAUUUGCUGGGAAAUCUGGAAGCGCGGCGGGACCAAGGACAUCAGCGGAAUGCCGUUUAUCAUGGGACUUGUCGGAGCAUCAUUCUGGCUGCGCUACGGCUUCCUCCGGUCCGACAGUACGAUGAUUACUGUGAACGUCGUCGGCGUGUCGCUCUUUACAAUCUAUUCGAUUUUUUAUUUGUUUAUGAGCCAGCCAAAGAAAUCCUUUGGAAUCAUGCUCCUUUUCACUGUGUCUCUCAUCUCUCUCAUGGUCUUCCUCGUCAUGCAGUACGGCAUAAAAACGGCCGAUGUGCUCGGCUUCGCCUGUAUGACGUUUAAUAUUGGAUGCUUUGCGGCACCGUUGGCUGGAAUGAAAGUCGUGUUGCGUACAAGGUGUUGUGACACGCUGCCCCUGCCGAUGUGCGUCGCCAACCUGGCCGUAUCUUCCCAGUGGAUGCUCUACGGGACCCUAAUUAACGACAUCUACGUCAUCAGCCCAAAUCUCUGCGGCGUGAUCCUGUCUCUAAUCCAGCUCACCCUGUUCCUCAUCUUCCCGAUGAAGCCGGGCGGUCGUGCUCCCCUUCAAUCAUGUUGCCCAUGCAUCCAAGCACCCGAAAAACCCAUCCACGACGACAUCGAGAAGGGCGGCAUCGUCCCCGAAAAGGCGCUCUUCUCUCCGCAACGACAGCACGAAGCGAUUCUCGAUAUGGAGAAGAAGCUCGAGGGUGAGAGUGUGGUACCGCUUCUGACCGAGAAAGACGAGAAGCAGACUCGCACCUCUCCAUCAGACACCAUCGACUCGGCCAUCCAUUCGACUAGCGCUUCUAGCAGCUCCGGCGCGUCGGCCGCUGAUUUGACAGAGCAGGACCAUCCCUACAACACCACCACCCAGCCAGCCCAG